GUUACAUCUUUGGUCGCGUCGCAGCACGAUCAUCAUGUCUACAGCUGAGGAGCUCUUGAGAGAUUUCGAAUCGGAUGAUGAGGAUUUCCAGGCGGGGGAGGGAGUCGAGGAAGAGGUGGAUGAAGAGCAGCAGCACCUACAAAAAGUUGGCUCUGAGGUCACCAACGAGUUUGAGGUCGCUCUAUCGACAGGUGACGAGCUUACACGCCUACACAAAGUUUUGCGCGACCACUACUCGAUCAGAUUUCCGGAGCUAGAAACCCUCGUCACGAACCCGAUCGACUACGCGAAGACAGUCGCUGUUUUGAAAAAUGGCCCGCUCAACGAUAUCAAGGCUAUCUCUUCAUCGGCGGACAAUAUGGUCGGCGAACCCUUGAGGUCUAUUUUGGACGGCCCAUCUUUGAUGGUUGUUUCUGUGGAAGGCACCACUACCCGAGGACGUGAAAUGACGGAGUCGGAGCUUAAAGUAGUCCUCGAUACUUGCGAGAGGAUCUUGAAAUUAGACCGAGAGCGCAGAGCCCUUACGGAAAGCAUUCAGUCUCGCAUCACUCAGAUCGCUCCAAAUUUAGCGGCCUUGAUCGGACCUGAAACGGCAGCUCAGUUCCUCAACCAAACCGGAGGUCUACGCGAACUUGCGAAGAUCCCGGCGUGCAAUCUUGGGGCUCAAGGUAACAAGAGAAGUGAAGGGUUGGGUUUUGCUACGAAUAUUGGUGUCAGAUCACGGGGAUUCCUCUACAAUUCUCCAUUGAUCCAGGGUGUUCCGGAUGACCUGAAGCGUCAGGCAAUUCGCAUUGUCUCAGCUAAGAUGGUCCUUGCCACUCGUACAGAUGUAGCGGAGCUGAGGCCUGAUGGAUCGUUCGGCGAAGAAUUGAAACAGCAGUGCUUCCAAAGAUUAGAGAAGCUGACCGAGCCUCCGCCGAACUCUGGAAUAAAGGCCCUGCCUGCUCCCGAUGACAAGCCGUCCCGCAAGAGAGGUGGCAGGAGAGCCAGGAAGGCCAAGGAAGCAGUUGCCAUGACGGAGAUCCGCAAGGCCCAGAACCGGCUUGCCUUCGGUAAGGAAGAAGCAGAAGUUGGUUACGGUACGGGUGAAGGGACAGUUGGAUUGGGAAUGCUUGGGCAACAGAACGAUGGACGGAUUCGAGCGACUCAGAUCGAUAACCGAACCAGAGCAAAACUCAGCAAAUCGAACAAGGGGUGGGGAACCGCAACUCCUGUUGGCGGCACGGCUUCGUCUCUGCGCGGAUUCAGUUCUGGGGUUGGAGGAACAGCAAGUGUUCUCCAGGCGAAAGGUCUUCGUGCUUCUGGCAUUGGUACUUCGCUCGGUGGCAGCGCUGGUACAGCUAGUACAAUUGCCUUUACUCCUGUGCAAGGACUCGAGCUUGUUGACCCCAAGGUGCAGGCAGAGUUGAGCCGGAAGCGCAAGGCAGAGGAAGACCGAUGGUUCAAGUCGGGUACUUUUACGCAGAUUGGCGGUGGCCAAAACAGCAACAACCCCCAGAAUGACAAUGGAGGUUUCAAGGUGCCACCAAUUCCUCCACAGAAGAAAGUCGAUACCGGCGAGGGUAAGAUGGCUCCUCCACCGCUGCCAUCGAAGCGAUAGAUGGAUAGGAUGCCUCUUGUUUUCUUUUAUCUUAUUAUAUUAUUUUCAUUACCGAUUUUGCUUUCCUGAGCAUCUUAAGACUGGCGUUUUUGAGACUGGGGAUCUGUUCUGAAUGCGCAUGAUACCAUCAUUAAAUGUAUGAUAAACUUCAAGAGAGUCGAGAACUCGAAAAGAAUGAAAUGUCCUAGAGCUAUUACUUUUA